CGGAGCCUCCAGAAGCUUCCACAUGUAGCGCUCUGCUAUAAAGAACCUCCCAGAUCCGGUCUCCAGGACAGACCAGAGACACCGAGGCUGAACCGACAGAUCCGGGCUGCAGGACAUUCAACACCGGGACUGAAGAGAAAGGCAGCAGCAGAGACUUCAAAAUGGUUCAUGAAACCGGCUUCUAUGACCUGUUGGGAGUCACACCGUCAGCUUCGCCUGAUGAAAUAAAGAAAGCGUACAGAAAACUGGCUCUGAAGUUUCACCCGGACAAGAACCCCAACGAAGGAGAACGAUUCAAGCUAAUCUCCCAAGCUUAUGAAGUCCUGUCUGAUCCAAAGAAGAGGGACCUGUAUGACCAGGGCGGGGAGCAGGCCAUCAAAGAGGGGGGCAUGAAUGCAGGGCAGUCACCUAUGGACAUCUUCAACAUGUUUUUUGGAGGCGGAGGCCGAAUGCAGAGAGAGAGAAGAGGAAAGAAUGUUGUUCACCAGCUCAGUGUCUCAUUGGAGGAAAUGUACAACGGUUCCACCAGGAAGCUCGCCCUGCAGAAGAAUGUGAUCUGUGAAAAAUGUGAAGGUUAUGGAGGAAAGAAAGGCGCCCUGGAAAAAUGCUCAUCGUGUAAAGGACGGGGAGUGCAGGUCAAAGUUCAGCAGAUUGGUCCAGGCAUGAUUCAGCAGAUCCAGAGCAUGUGUUCAGACUGUCAGGGACAAGGGGAGAAGUUCAGCUCCAAAGAUCGCUGCAAGACCUGCCAGGGCCGCAAAGUGGAGCGUGUGAAGAAGAUCCUCGAGGUCCACAUCGACAAAGGUAUGAAAGAUGGGCAGAAAAUCACAUUCCACGGAGAGGGGGAUCAGGAGCCUGGACUGGAGCCCGGUGAUGUCAUCAUUGUGCUGGAUCAGAAGGACCAUCCUAUAUACCAAAGGCAGGGAGAUGACCUCAUCACAAACAUGGAGCUCAAACUCGUAGAAGCUCUGUGUGGAUUCAGGAAAACGAUCACGACUUUGGACAACAGGACACUGAUCAUUAACUCCGCACCAGGACAAGUCAUCAAACCCAACGACAUCAAAUGUAUUCAGAAUGAAGGAAUGCCAAUUUACAAAGAUCCAUAUGAAAAGGGACAGCUCUUCGUCAAUUUCCAGAUUGAAUUCCCAGAGAAAGAGUGGCUUCCUGAACAUCUCAUGUACCAGCUGGAGAGACUGCUACCUCAGAGAGAAGAUGUGAUGUUGACAGACGACAUGGAGGAGGUGGAUCUGUCUGAUGUGGAUGUACAGGCCCAGCAGAGAAAGCAGCAGGGAGAGGCCUAUGAGGAGGAUGAAGAUGCUCCUCGAUCUGGAGUGCAGUGUCAGACCCAAUAAACCACUCCACUGCUUCAACUCAAAAUGGCCACCAGAUUUAUAUUUACCAUUUAUAUUGUUCGUUUGAGGUUCGGACAAGGUCUUUGUUACGGUUUUUAUUUAAGUGUGUUUUGUCAUACUUUCUGUGAAGGUACGUUCAUAUUUUUGUUAAUAAAACGCACAAUAUUGGAAUAGGUGGUUUUAAUUUAUUGUCUGUUCUCAGUAAAGAACUGAAAAUAAACCUGUCAGGGCUUUUACAUGGUGGUUGCUGAGUAGUGGCUCUACUAAAGAUGUGCUAUGUAACUUUUCCAGAGAAGUGCUUGUGUCCAUGGAGAUUUCAAUACUUACCCAGAAUGUUUAGUGGACACAAGUAUGUGCGUGCAAUUAGGCCAAGUUACAGGCCACAUCUGUGGAGUCCCAA